AUGCCAGUUUCCGGGAACGAUGAGCCUAGAGUUGUUGCCCGGCAGUCUAGUAACUCUUGGUCUGUUCUUCCUAUUAAGAAGAGAUACUCUAUGAUCUAUCGUCGUGCACCUCUCCAUACUGUAAAUGAAUCCAAGACCAAAGGCUCUGGCUUGAAUUCUUGUGGUAGUACAGGUAAAUCUGAUACUCCCAAUAACUCUCUUCCAGAGGUAAAAGAAGAAGUACCUUUGGGCGCGAAAGUUGACUCUCCAGAAACAAAUCCUAAGACUAGUUCCGGUCCUUCAAGUAAUGUUGGCGAUCCAGUGAAACCAGCAUUGGCUGAAAAAUUAGCUGUCACGAAGGAAGUUGUUGCCAAACAAGGGGAAAGCCACAGUAAAUUUGGACUUCCUGCUGAUUCAGGGCAUGUUGAACUGUCAUUAGGCCCAAAGAAGCCUCAUGUUUCCUCUUUGGUUGAUCCAAAUACUAAGGAGAGUUGUCUGAUGCGUGGAACUGUAAAUCCUUCGUUGCUUUCUCAGAAAGGAAGUUGCAAGAAUGCUGAUGAUACUUUACGAGGGUUUGACUCCUCAGUACUGCAGUCGUUGGUUAAUGUAGACUCCAGCAGGGUUAGUCCAAACUCGAGUUUGCUGGAAAAUCUGGCAUUGAAUAGAAAAAUGAAUUCCCCUACUUGUAAAACUGUUAACUCAGAAUCUGUUGUAGAAACUUUGGUACAAGCUAAUGCUGGAACUGCGGUUCGUCCAGAUGGAACAUUUGAGGCUAAUGUUGUAAACACUGAGGUUGUGAGGCAGAAUCUGAAGCCUAUUGAGUUGUCAACUAAGGAAUUACUUGAGCAAAAACCAGUAAUAUGUGAUCUAAUCCAAGAAGUUAGCCUGGAAAUAUCCAUGACAUCAGAUGUGAUUGCGCUCCAAUCAAUUGGAAGGGAUUUGCAGCUUCAGGAGAGUAGUUCUUCUAGAUUUUCUACUCCAUCUGAGUACUUUGUUCAUACUAAUGAAGCUAAUAGGAGUAAAAAUGUUCUAGAUCAGGCAAAUGCUGAUAUUGCUGCAAAAAAUGCAAACUUUGACCUCAAAGAAUCAAAUGUAUCCAGUGAUAAAGUUGAGGCAUCUGUUUCGGCGGGCAUGAACAUUGAAGAUCUCAUGGUAUGCAGAAAGACACAAGACACGCAUAAUUUGGUUGCAAGUGGUGAGGGGUCGGAAGAUGAAUGUUAUGGUUUUGAUUAUGAAUCUGAUGAGGAAUAUGAAGAAGGUGAGAUCCGAGAACCAAUGAUGCAGUCAAUUUCUGAGGGGAUGGAUUCAGGAAAGAAUAAUGAAUAUUCAAGUAAAAAUGUUCAUACUGAGUCUUAUGCUGACUUUGUGAAACGCUGUGAUGAGAAAGCUGAAAAAAUGAACCUGCUAAGUCCAGUUCAUCCUGUAACGGGUAGGUCGCUGUCUUCAAGAAGUGGAAGGAAGAUGUAUUAUUAUAUGGAGGAGGAGAAAUUCCAUCUACCAAGGAAUAGGUUUGAGGACCGCUCAUUUGGUAGCUCAAGGGGGAACUUCAUGCGUGGAAGAGGGAGCCGGUUUCAUAGAGAUUGGUAUCCUGAGCGUGAUUUUGAAAGCUAUGGAGGUGAAGCUGAUUAUCGCUUCAGACAUAAACGUACAGCUCCUUGGCUGAAUGAUGCUGCUUUUGCUUAUAGGACUAGGAAGACAUUUCAGCAAUAUAUGUACGAUGGACCUGAUUGUCAUUUCGUUGAGGGUAAUACAAAUUUUACCGCGAUGCAGAGAAGAGGUUUCCCUCGAAUGAGGUCUAAAUCUCCUGUUAGAUCCCGUACUUGGUCCUCCCCUCGGAGGAGAUUCAAUGGUCAUCAAGAUUCAUCUCAGGACAGGUUUCCGGUUAUGUACAGGGAAGAUAGAACGAGGUCUUCCUCUCAAAGGUGUGACUCUCCAUCUUACACUGAUCAUCAUCUGAAUGAUAUGAGGAAUGUGGAUGCUGUACAGGAGCACGUGCAUCCGAGGUCUCUUUCUAGCAGAAGAAGUCCACCUGAUCGGGUAUUUACUAGUACCAAUAGGAGAGUUGAGAGAUUAGAUCAUCGAGAGAGGGUUGAUGGUGAUGGAAGUGGUGAAAGUACUGACGAAAGAAGGAAGUAUCGCGAGAGGCAAGGAGGACCUAGGCAAAUGAGAAAUGUCGAAGAGAAAGAAGACGAAUUUGAUCUCUCCAAAUUGAAGAAAAGAAGAUUUUGA